CAAAGCACACCAACAACAGGAAUGAUUCAAUUAUGUACGAAAACUCAAAACAAUCCAAUACGAUAUGACAAACAGGGAAUCAGGUUAAACCUGAAGGACUGUAGUCUGGAAAUACAGAACCUAACAGAACAUGAUCAAGGUCUGUAUGUAAUGAACUUCAGGACGAAUCUGGCUUUCCAUGAACAAGUGACAGAACUGAGAAUUUAUGAACGAGUGUCAUUACCAGUAAUAAGUAUCAGUGAAGCCUUCAAUGACGGGGUGUGUAACGUUAGCUUGGUGUGUUCACUGGAGCACGGCACCGAGCCAGUCUACACUUGGUGGUCAGGAGAUGGCAAGGUCACGGCAGAUGGGUCGCACAUACUGACUGACGAAGGGAGAAGGCUGGCACUCUCCAUACCUCUACCCAACAACAACAGCGUGUACAACUGCACCGUGAGGAACCCUGUUAGUGAGGAGACGCGGAGCGUGGAUCUAACACAGCUCUGUCCUGCCCAUGAAGGUCUGGGACAGACUGCUGGGAAACCAGGCACUCGUCGCUUGGUGAAUGGGACACUGGGACAGUCAGUCACGUUACCAGGGUGUAUCUCAGGAGAAAACAUUUCAAUCCUCACUUGGGAUUACGGCAGUUCACCAACAUCAGGAAAUGUUCAAUUAUGUACAAAAACUCAAAACAGUCCAAUACAAUAUGACAAACAGGGAAUCAGGUUAAACCUGAAGGACUGUAGUCUGGAAAUACAGAACCUAACAGAACACGAUCAAGGUCUAUAUGAAAUGAACUUAAGGACGAAUCAGGGGUUCCAUGAACAAGUGACAGAACUGAGAAUUUAUGAACGAGUGUCAUUACCAGUAAUAAGUAUCAGUGAAGCCUUCAAUGACGGGGUGUGUAACGUUAGCUUGGUGUGUUCACUGGAGCACGGCACCGAGCCAGUCUACACUUGGUGGUCAGGAGAUGGCAAGGUCACGGCAGAUGGGUCGCACAUGCUGACUGACGAAGGGAGAAGGCUGGCACUAUCCAUACCUCUACCCAACAACAACAGCGUGUACAACUGCACCGUGAGGAACCCUGUUAGUGAGGAGACGCGGAGCGUGGAUCUAACACAGCUCUGUCCUGCCCAUGAAGGUUAUAAGCCACUAAGAGUCUCACACCGUGGACGUUUUACAGCCGCCACAAUCAUCUUCAUCUCAGCUAUCUUUUGCUACAUGUAUUACAAGAGGACAAGCUCAGUACAGGGAAAUGUCGUGGCGGUGACAGAUAAGGCAUAAUCAGAAAAUGACACAAAGUGCUGGAGUAAA